GGGCUGUUUUGUGCGAGAAUCGAGCACACAUCUCAUAUCUAUCUCUGGAGACCCUCUACGACAAAUUUCAUUGCCCUCUUCAUUACAGUAAUCAUGUCUGACCGUUCUGCAAGACUCUCCAAAUAUCUUUUCUCUAUUGAGAAAGGAAACAAAAAAAUUCAAAAAGCGUCUGAUGCGAAGUUAUUCUUAGAAGCCCUCUGUGACCAGGACAAAAACCCUGUGCGAUGCAUCGAGAGAAUUCUAUCUUCCGAAUUGAAUACUACUGCAUUGAAUACAAGCUUUCGCGUCGACCUGUCAGUCGACUUUCUUAGGGGUGCAGCCAGCGAUUUCUUACGGUAUCUUCAGCACCCUGGUAUCGAAAACUUGUGCAAUGGACAGUUUCUGCGAAGGAUACUAUCUGGCAUUGUCGAUCCUCCAACAUACUGGAACGCACUUGUGGAAGCUCACAGGAAACAUGAUUUAUCAGAACUCAGUGAACAGGGCUUUGCCUGGCUCCUUUUAAAUCUGCUAAAUAUGCCAGUACAAAAGGAUUCUGUUCAUCAAAUUGCCCAGGAAACAGUACAGCGUCGAGACUUUUUGGACUCUCCUUCCACGGCCAUAAGAGGAAUCGGCUACAAAAUCGAUAAUAUUCUCAAAACGACAUCGACAGCACUGGCCGGUUCACAGGUAGGAGGAAGACAUGACAAUGACUUUCAAAACUUUCGUGAAAUCUCCAUUCUUCCCACUGCGGACGAAAUCGCCUGCCCAGACACGCCAUUCUACCGCCGAGCAGACGAGAUUUAUCAAAUCAACCUAGACAAUCGUCCAGCAGCUCAUCAUGACAAUCACUUCCGCCUCCUGCGAGAGGAUCUACUAGCAGAGCUUCGUGAAGGAUUGCAGGCUGCACUUGGACACAAAAAAGGUCGGCGACCAGCAUAUCGGGUUGAUGGGCUGACUUGGAAAGGUGUAGAGACUGGACCAGCAGGAAGUCGACGACGGUGUUGUGUCACGUUUUCUUGCAACAAAGGCCUUCCUCAGCUGUCCCAUCUAUCUAAAGGCGACCGCCACAAAGUUCUGGAUAGGAACCGAAAUCUGAUCAAAAAUCAGGGAUUUGGAUGUCUACUGUAUGAGAAAGAUGUGAUCGCGUUUGGAACAAUUGACCGCACUGCCUCGUCGCUUCUGGACGACGUUCCUACCCUAGCAAUUGAAAUCACCGGUCGAAAUGCAUUGAGACGAAUACUACAGUGUUCAGUUGGUGAAGAAGAAUUGAUAUUUAUUGUAGUCAACACUCCUGUGUUCGCAUAUGAGCCGAUUUUACAAAGACUCCAAGAGAAGCUGGAGUUUCCUUUGUCUGAUACACUCCUUUCUUCCGAGCCCUCCUCCCAGGAUGCUGAUCUGAACGAAGACGUAUCGCGCAUUAUUAAGCAAAUCAAAGACGCAAACGGAUUGAACAUCCGGAAUAUUCUCGGUACAAAAGUCAAGAUCUCAUUGGAUCAGUCGCAGUUGGAGGCUUUGAUCGCUGGUUUGGGACAGUGCGCAAGCAUAAUCCAAGGUCCGCCAGGUACCGGUAAAUCAUUUAUUGGUGCUCUGAUUGCAAAGGUUAUACAUGACCAUACAGAUGACACCAUACUGGUUCUCUGCUACACGAACCAUGCACUGGACCAAUUUCUCGAAUGUCUCAUGGAUAUCGGUAUUCCUAGAGAAUCCAUGGUUAGACUUGGGUCAAAAUCCACUUCCAGGACUAAGAUGCUCGGUCUAUUUGAGCAGUCAACCCAAAAUUCGCAAAUAUCCGGUCUUUAUGUCUCUGAGCGAAGGCAAAAGUUAGAUGAGAUGUCAACGAUCUUACAAGAAACGUCGAAAAGCUUCCUAAACAAGCACGUCAUUAAAAGGGAUAUUCUUGAAUACAUUGAAUUUUCUAAUGACUCGGACUUUUAUGAUGCUUUCACGUUACCAGAUAAUGAAUCUGACUUCACACCUGUAGGAUCGGAUGGCAAAGCCAUUGAUAAGUACUACUUGUUAGACCAAUGGUUAAACGGGCAUGAUGCUGGCAUUUUCAAUAAACACGUCCUACCAGAGCAUGUCGGGAUCUGGGCAAUGUCUUUCUCCGAUAGAAAACGACGCUUUGAAAAAUGGACACAAGAGCUAUUUGAGGAUUGGAUAGCUUCGUUCAUCACGUUGUUUGAAGACUACGCCAGAGUUGAAAAGGAGCUUGACGAUUACUUUUAUGACAAAAAGUACGCAGAGACCUUACGUCAAAAAAGGAUCAUUGCAUGCACAACAACCGCUGCCGCCAAAUAUACUCGUGCCUUACAAGCAGCUAAGUCUGGCGUUAUCAUUGUCGAAGAGGCAGGAGAGAUACUUGAAAGCCACGUAUUAACGGCCAUGACUGGUGAUACGAAACAGUUAGUCUUAAUUGGAGAUCACAAGCAACUGCGGCCGAAAAUAAACAAUUAUGCACUAUCUGUAGAGAAGGGUGACGGAUAUGACCUCAACAGGUCUCUUUUUGAGCGCCUUGUACUUCGAGGGUUCCCUCAUACUGCUUUAUCUAAGCAACACCGCAUGCGACCUGAGAUUUCUCGACUGAUUCGUGACCUAACUUAUCCCGAUCUCUCCGACGCCAGUAAAACGCUGAACCGACCGCAUUUGAGAGGAUUUCAGAACGAUGUCAUUUUUGUCAACCAUGACGAAUUUGAAACUGACCUGCUGAACUAUACGGAGAAGAGGGACCCAUCCGUCAAUUCCAGCAAGCAGAAUCCCUUUGAGGUUCAGAUGGCUCUGAUGGCCGUCCGCUAUCUAGGGCAGCAGGGUUAUAACACCGAGGAAAUCAUAAUUCUAACGCCGUACCUGGGACAACUUUCACUUUUGCGUACGGAGCUAAGCAAAACAAAUGACCCGAUUUUGAAUGACCUUGACUCGAGCGACCUGAUUGAAGCAGGUUUGAUGAACUCAGGAACAGCAAAGCUGACUAGGCAGCCGAUUCGUAUCUCCACGAUAGAUAAUUAUCAAGGCGAGGAAAGGGAUAUCGUUGUGGUAACAUUGACCCGCAGCAACAAGGUAGGAGACAUAGGAUUUCUUGCAGCCCCGGAACGAGUCAAUGUCCUUUUGUCUCGAGCGCGGACUGCUCUCGUCAUUAUCGGCAACAGCGACACAUUUCUCAACAGUAAAAAAGGAAUAUCAACCUGGAAACCGCUAUUUGAGCUGCUUGUUCGGUAUGGACAUGUAUAUGAUGGAUUUCCAGUCAAAUGCGAACGACACCCAGAUCGCACGUUAACGAUUCGGCAGCCAGGAGAGUUUUUGGAUGAAUGUCCUGAUGGCGGAUGUUUGGAGCCAUGUACAGCGAAACUCUCAUGUAAAGUUCACACGUGCCCACAACGUUGCCAUCGCCUCGACGAUCAUUCCAAAGUGAAGUGCUUGGAGAUUAACGAGUCGAGGUGUCCAAAGAAACACACCUAUCGCUGGGUCUGCUAUAAACGCACUCCGGGUGUCUGUCCUGUGUGCCUGAAGGAGGAACAGGAGGAGGUAGAAAGAAAGAUGAGGGAUCACACACUAGAGCAGAAGCGGCUUGCCAUUCAAAAGGAGCAUGCUAAAAAUCUAGAGGCUAUCGAGCAGAGCAUCAAAGCACAGCAGGAGCUUCUAAAGGAUAUCCAUGAUGAAAAAGCACGUCGAGCUGCUUUGGCUCAACGGACUGAGGAUUUGGAAAACCUGAAAAAUGCCUUAAGCCUUGCAAGACAAGAAGUCGAUAGCCUCGAUGUGUCGACUAUUGCUGAUAAGAAGUCUGUAUUACCUGACAUAGUUCCAACCCCCCAAAUAAAGAAGAGAACGAACCGUGACUCGAGAACGAACAACAAGGUAAUGUCGGAGAGCAGUGGAUCACCUGAUACUUCUAUAAGUCAAACCCAAGCCAGGUCUGAUUUUAGCAAUUCCCAACGUGAUGUUUCCCCCGCGACCUACUCCCCAGCCAAGGACGAAUGGGAGCGACAAAAAGAACUAGAGGGACAGUCCAGUCGAGCCAUUGAUGAGUUGAUGAAUAUGAUUGGUCUAGAGGAGGUGAAAGAUAAAUUCCUGUCCAUCAAAACGAAGGUCGACACGGUCGUGAGACAGGGCAGCAGUCUGAACGACGAGCGAUUCAACUCUGCUCUUCUUGGCAAUCCAGGGACAGGUAAAACGACAGUAGCACGACUCUAUGCAAAGUUCCUUAAGUCUGUGGGCGUUAUUCCUGGAAGUCACUUUGUCGAGACUUCGGGAGCAAAACUUGCGAACGAAGGUGUUUCCGGAUGCAGGAAGAUAUUGGAAGAAAUUCUCUCAAACGAUGGUGGAGCUUUGUUCAUAGACGAAGCCUAUCAACUAACAGCAGCACACAACUCAGGAGGCCGGUCUGUGCUUGAUUUUCUAUUACCGGAAAUUGAAAAUCUCACGGGGAAGGUUGUUUUCAUUAUAGCUGGUUACAAGAAGAAUAUGGAAACCUUUUUCGGACAUAACCCUGGUAUUCCUAGCCGCUUCCCAAUACAGCUGAAUUUUGAAGACUAUAGCGAUCAACAACUACAACUGAUCCUCAACUACAAAAUGACAGAGAAGUAUCGCGGGAAGAUGAAAGUCGAGGGCGGCCACCAUGGGUUGUAUGUCCGCAUAGUAGCUCGACGAAUUGGACAUAGUCGAGGACGUGAGGGCUUCGGUAAUGCUCGUGCGGUUCAUAACGAAUUUGGAAGAAUCAGCGACCGUCAAGCGCGACGCUUGGCACAAGAAAGACGUGCUGGGAAGAAAAGAAACGACCUAUUCCUCACUAAAGAGGAUCUGCUUGGCCCAGAACCUAAGUCCGCGCUCGAAGGGAAUGCAGCUUGGAAGAAACUCCAAACAUUGGUAGGAUUGGAUAGUGUCAAACAGUCGGUGCAGGCAUUGCUUGAUACACUUCAAACUAAUUACCAGCGAGAGCUAAGAGAAAAGCCCCCCAUUACAUAUUCACUUAACAAUAUGUUCAUCGGCAAUCCGGGCACCGGCAAGACGACGGUGGCUAAACUAUACGGACAAAUUCUUGCUGAUCUCGGAUUUCUCUCAAAUGGUGAAGUCGUUGUUAAGAACCCGUCGGAUUUCAUUAGCCAGCAUAUCGGCGGGUCAGAGAAAGCGACUAAAGACAUUCUCGCCGCGACUGUGGGGAAGGUUCUCGUUAUUGACGAAGCGUACAUGCUGGCUGGAAGUGUUUCAAGCGAUAACUCUCACGGUUCACGUACGGACAUGUUCAGAGCAGCUGUCAUCGAUACGCUCGUUGCUGAAGUUCAAAGUGUACCCGGAGAUGACCGAUGCGUCCUAUUACUAGGGUAUAAAGAACCCAUGGAAAAGAUGUUCCAAAACACAAAUCCCGGUCUUGCGCGCAGGUUCCCAAUGGCAUCCGCAUUUAAGUUUGAGGACUACACUGACGAUGAGUUGCAAAUCAUUCUUGAUCUGAAGCUGCAUCAAUCCGGGUUUGAUGCAACAAAGAAGGCUCGGGAAGUAGUGCGCGAAUGCCUUACUCGCGCGAGAAAUCGCCCAAAUUUUGGAAAUGCUGGAGAAAUUGACAUCCUCAUGGACCAGGCUAAGCUAAAUCACCAGAAACGACUCAAAUCACGGGAAACGAGAAUUAUCGAUAUAUUGGAGCCUGUUGAUUUUGAUCCAGAUUUUGAUAGGGCGGACAGAGCUUCUUCGACUUGUCGCAAGCUGUUUGAAGGUGUAAUCGGCUGCGAAGAGCUCAUCGAUCAACUGGAGAACUACCAGCGCAGGGUGAGAAAUAUGAAAAAACUCAACAAGGAUCCUCGUGAACAGAUUCCUUUCAACUUCCUUUUCCGUGGACCUGCUGGGACGGGGAAAACUUCCACUGCACGUCGCAUGGGACAGGUAUAUUACGAUAUGGGUUUCUUGGCUGCCCCGGAGGUAGUUGAAGCGUCUACCUCAGAUCUAGUGGGACAGUAUAUUGGACAUACCGGCCCGAAGACAGAAAAGCUGCUCGAAAAAGCGUUGGGCAAAGUUCUUUUCAUCGAUGAGGCCUACCGACUGAACGAUAGCCGAUUUGGGAAAGAAGCAAUGGAUCAACUUGUUGAUUCUAUCACUAAGCACAAGUAUUACCAAAAACUCAUUAUAAUUCUGGCAGGAUAUGAUACGGAAAUUGAUCAGCUCAUGUCGUCGAAUCCCGGGUUGUCUAGUCGUUUCCCUGAAAUCGUUAAUUUCAAGUCUCUGAACCCAGAUCAAUGUUGGGAAUUGUUUCAAAACCGAUUGAAGGAGAACGAAUAUAUCGAUAGUGAUAUCAUCCAAAAUGCUCGUCCAACAUUUCGUGAACUUGUAAUCGAAUUUUUCGAUGCCUUGUCAGCACUUCCUGGCUGGGGAAACGCUCGUGAUGUUGAAACUGUAGUCAAAAGCAUUAUUGGCAAAAUCCUUGCUACAAUUGACGAUAAUACUACUUACGUGGUUACGCAUCAGAUAGUAUUUGACGUCCUACGAUCGACGUUUAACGAACGCAGAAAACGCGCAGCUGCUUCACCCGGGACAUAUGGCAGUGCGAUGGCUCCCCCUUCGAUAUAUCCGACCAUAGAUCCUUCUGUCCCAUCGCCUGCUGCCAUGAGUCCCCCACUUGGAAUGAGUGACCCUAGUGGUAAGGUACAAAGCAGGUCGCCGUCACCUUGUUCGCUUAGCCGAUCGCCCACUCCAGUAUCAAUAUCCAGUGAUAGCAAUGACGGUCGUGAUGCAGGUAUUUCCGACGAGACCUGGGGGCAAUUACAGCUGGAUAAAAAGGCAGCAGAGAAGCGCGAGGAAACACUUCGCCAAGUUGUGCAGCAAGCAGACGACGCCAAAAGCAAAGUUGAGAAAUUGAAUCCCGACGAUAAUGACGAGGAGUUAAGGAAAUACGAAGAAAUGAUUAGCAACCUUGUCAAGGAACAAAUGGCCUUGGAGGAAAUGAAACGCCAGGAAGAGGCCGCCAAGAAGAAGUUGAGGGAGCUGGGUCUCUGUCCGCAGGGCUAUCAGUGGAUCAAGCAAGACAGUGGGUACCGUUGUGGUGGAGGCAGCCAUUAUAUGUCGAAUGAGGCCCUCAACAGCGAUGCCAUUUAAAAUGCUUUCUGACGAUAUCAUGAAAUCGUUAUUGAAGCUUUCAAGUCUCGGUCAACUCUGCCCGGCUGGGGGAACGUUAGUGGUGUAAAGAUCCUACUAAACCUUCAUCCAGUGACUUCCAACAUAGAAUAUUUCUAGUCAUCAUCUAUAAUAAAAGCAGGUUCACUAGGGU